GUCACCGAGCCGACCACUCCCGGAGGACGGCCGGAGUAGCACAUAACUCCAGCAGGGUCUUAUGCGAUAACACAGUCGUGAGACCGUCCAAGGCGCCACCGCAUUUAGGAACGCUCGGGACUUGGCGAAGGAGUACCGAGGUCCGAAUCAACGCCCUCUCAGCUGACCUUCACAAGCUCAAGUCCGACAACGACAAUGGCUACAACAAGGUAGCUACGCUCGAGAGAGCUGGUCUCCGUGAUACCAUCACCGAGAUUGCCAUUGGCAAAGCAGAGACGAUGGAGCUCAAGACGAAGCGUUCGUCGCAGGACCCGGCCAGGUUCACCGGCGCCGAAGCCAACGUGAAGACCCGCCAGGUCGCCUACGAGCACUUCAAGGAGCACGUCGAGCUGUGCCACGCGAUUGACUCCGACUACUAUGAUACAGAUCUGCUGAGUGGCGGUGCCUUUGAGCUCUACAAGGAUGACUUCCACAAGACAGCCAAGAACCCAGACAACCAGGCCCUUUGGCAUUGGGAGACGCUCGACCACGUCUGGGAGACCCUGGACAGGCAGUACAUCGUCGUCGACCUAUUCGCAGCGCCACUUCCCGUUUUCCUCGCAAAGUUUGAGGCUCUGGCUCUCCGCUGCAAGAAGACCGACGUUCAGAAAGUUGACGCGCUCGAGCUCAAAGUCAGCGACGACAUCACCAAUGUCGCCUUGGGCGACAAGAAGCCAGCGCGUGACGGCUACAAGGGCUGGGUUGAUUUCUACCAGUGGUUUGACGAGGACGUGCGCCGUAAGCAGCAUGACAAGCAGCGGACGAAGGGGGCACCUCCGGGAAUGCCGCUUUAA